AACAACCUUGCUGGGGAUCUAUCACGAUCGCGGUGGUCUAGACUGGCGUCACAGCCUUAGAAUUGUAUAUAUUUGCCCUCAGGCAGCCAUAUUUGUACAUCUCCCAUUUUGGACUCAUCGUCUUCGACUUUUAUCUUGCGGGACUGUUCCUACGCGCCCCUGCCACGAGCCCCGCAACUGCCUUAAGAUAGCUAGCAACCUCUUGCCCUAAUUUACCGCCAACCUCCCCUCAUACGCCAGAUCACGACAUAACUUCCGACUCUUCGUGACAGCUACAGAUACCCAGCAAAAUGAGCGUCCCACAGUCUGCCACCAGCGAGGUGCCUACGCGCUCGUUCACAAACUCGUCGGACGCCGAGGCCAUCCCUGGAGAGGACACAUCAGAGGUCACAAAGCUCUUCGCUGAGCGCCUCCAGGCAUGGAAGCACGCCACAUCCUACCUUGAAGACUACAUCACAGCAACGGAGAAGACACACCAUGCCCAUGGAAAGGAGUAUGAGCGGGUGUUGAAGACCGUCAAAGACCCCCUGAAGGAGGGCCACCACUUCGAUCAGUCCCUCGGCGGUAUCGCAGGCAUGUUCGAGAACAUCAGGUCAAACACACAGGGCAUGUCUAACCAGCACUACGAGACCGAGAAGCAGCUGAAGACCGUUAUUCUUCCUGUCUUCGAGCGCCUGCACGUCGAAAUCAAGAACAAGAGCAAGGAGCUCACAAAAGGUGCUGGUAAGGGAAGCAAACAGGUCGAUAAGGCACGCGCCAGCACACAGAAGCACAUCGAACUGCUUGGGCAGCACACGGCUACCUUCGAGUCGCAUGGCGGCAAGAUGACCGCGACGGAUGACCCGUACAUUCUACAGCGCGGUGUUCUACAUCGCCUAAACAAGCAGGUCCAGGAGGAAAACAACAACCGACAGGAUCUUAUCAGUGUGCAGAACUCGUUCGCCCAGUUCGAGGCUCACAUCAUCCAGACAAUUCAGCAGGGCAUGGGCCAAUUCAUGCAGAUUGUGAACAAUCAGGCCGAGCAGACCAAGAACGCCUAUGGUGACAUCGUCGGAACCUCACAGCGCAUUCCGCUGGACUUUGAGUGGAACGGCUUCAUUGAGCGUAACAACCACAUCCUGAUCGAUCCCUCCGCCCCUGCUCGUACGGUGCAAGACAUCAAGUUCCCGAACCAGGGGCACCGCUCGACCCAGCCAUUGAUCUCCGGCUCUCUCGAGAAGAAGGGCAAGAUCAUGCGCUCCUAUGACACAAACUACUACGUCGUCACCCCUUCUAAGUUCCUGCACGAGUUCAAGUCCGACGACGACUUCGCAAAGGACCCAGUGCCUGAGCUCUCCCUCUACCUCCCCGACUGCAUCGUCGGCGCUGUCAACGGCCAGAAGUUCAACGUUAAGGGCAAGGACGUCUCCAAGGGCAAGCUAGGCAACACUUUCUCCAUGAACCAUGAAGUUGCGUUCAAGGCCCACACCGCUCAAGCUGCACAGCAGUGGUGGGAGGUCAUCAGCCAGGCUGCAGGCAAGGUCACCAACGAGGUUCCUGUCAGCCCCACCAGCCCCACGGGCCACAACAGCCUGGAGGGCGCGCUCGCAGACCAGAAGUCUCCCUCGCCCAUCCAGACUCAGGGCCUUACACAGUCACCUACUGGUAGCGUUCCCGGAAGUGCGGCGCCUGCUAGCGCUGGUGUCGCUCCGGCGAGCGGUGUUCCUGGUGAUGCUAAGUAUUAAACAUUGACGUUUGGUGACGCGACGAAAUUGAAGGAGAGCAAUACUUAUUGGCAGGUUGAACAGUUUCAUACCCUAAUAUUGAAGAUACCACGAGAUAGCACGUAAUACAAGCCAUCAGUAC